UCCUCCCACUUUCACCCUGUCACGUUCACGCUGUCACCGAGGCGGACAGUACACAGCUCCUUGUGGAUGAAGCGACCUGAAAGUGUUGUUUGGACGGACUUCUUCUGCUUUGCCUACCAGGACUCGAACCCUCGUCAGUCACGUCACCUGGCUCUGAGCCUGUCUGUCGCGCGCCCGCCCCCCGUGGCAGCGGCCUGUCCUGUCUCCCUCCGCACUCGCCACAAUCCGAGGUUCUGCUCGUGGUUCGGACCGUCACUUCCUCGCUGGGAUGUGAAAUCUGCGGACUCCUGCGCGUCGCAUGUUCGCUGACGUCCAGAGUCGGACUGGCCGAGGCCUACCGACCCUUCGUAGCCCGCGGAUGCACAUAGUUUUGGUGUCGAACCCAUGAGACUCGGAACCUGGUGACCACAGCGGGAACGUUAGCCAGUUGGAAGCUAAGUGCUAACGGCCGGAGAAAAUGACGUCCCGGAGGUGGUUCCACCCCAACAUCACGGGUGUGGAGGCAGAGAACCUCCUGCUGACCCGCGGAGUGGACGGCAGCUUUCUGGCCCGACCCAGCAAGAGCAACCCGGGAGACUUCACGCUGUCAGUGCGGAGGAACGGGGCUGUGACCCAUAUCAAAAUCCAGAACACUGGAGACUACUAUGACCUGUAUGGCGGGGAGAAGUUUGCCACGCUGGCUGAGCUGGUCCAGUACUACAUGGAGCAUCAUGGGCAGCUGAAGGAGAAGAACGGCGAUGUCAUCGAGCUCAAGUACCCACUCAACUGUGCCGAUCCGACUUCUGAGAGGUGGUUUCAUGGUCACCUGUCGGGCCGUGAGGCAGAGAAGCUGCUGACUGAAAAAGGGAAGAACGGCAGCUUCCUCGUGCGAGAGAGUCAAAGUCAUCCGGGCGACUUUGUCCUAUCAGUCCGGACCGGAGACGACAAGACCGAUGCUAGUGACAGCAAACCCAAAGUUACACACGUGAUGAUCCGCUGCCAGUCGGAUCAAAAGUAUGAUGUCGGUGGAGGGGAAAAGUUCGACUCGCUGACGGACCUGGUGGAGCACUACAAGAAGAACCCGAUGGUGGAGACGUUGGGCACGGUUCUGCAGCUCAAACAGCCCCUCAACACUACACGCAUCAAUGCCGCAGAGAUUGAGAGUCGCGUUCGGGAGCUGAGCAAGCUUGCUGAAGCCACUGACAAAGUCAAGCAAGGGUUCUGGGAGGAGUUUGAGACGCUGCAGCAGCAGGAGUGUAAACUCCUCUACAGCCGCAAGGAAGGUCAGCGGGCUGAGAACAAGAACAAGAAUCGCUACAAGAACAUUCUGCCCUUCGACCACUCACGUGUGGUGCUGAAUGAUGGCGACCCAAAUGAACCCGGGUCCGACUACAUCAACGCCAAUAUCAUCAUGGUAGUAUCUGCCAUCAUGCCGGAGCUGGACCAGAAGUCGAGCAGCACCAGGGUGAAGAAGUCAUACAUAGCCACUCAAGGUUGUCUGCAGAACACCAUCAGUGACUUCUGGAGAAUGGUCUUCCAGGAGAACUCUCGAGUCAUCGUCAUGACCACCAAGGAGGUGGAGCGAGGGAAGAGUAAAUGUGUCAAGUAUUGGCCUGAUAUGUCCGCGCUGAAAGAGUAUGGAGCCAUGAGGGUCCGAAACGUCAAGGAGACAGCGGCCCACGACUACAUCCUGAGAGAACUCAAGCUGUCCAAAGUGGGUCAGGGGAACACAGAGCGGACCGUGUGGCAGUACCACUUCAGGGCCUGGCCCGACCAUGGCGUUCCCACUGACCCGGGUGGUGUCCUGGACUUCCUGGAGGAGGUCAACCUGAAGCAAGAGAGCAUCCUAGAUGCCGGCCCCAUUGCUGUUCACUGCAGCGCCGGCAUCGGCAGGACGGGAACGUUCAUCGUGAUCGACAUCCUGAUUGAUGUCAUCAGAGAGAAAGGUGUGGACUGUGACAUCGAUGUACCCAAGACCAUCCAGAUGGUCCGGUCCCAGAGGUCUGGCAUGGUCCAGACCGAGGCCCAGUACAGGUUUAUCUACAUGGCGGUCCAGCACUACAUUGAAACUCUACAGCGCCGUAUCAUGGAGGAGCAGAAGAGCAAAAUCAAAGGUCGGGAGUACACCAACAUCAAGUACUCUCUGUUGGACCUGACUGGAGGAGAACAAAGUCCACUGCCGCCGUGCACGCCACUGCCCACGCCCACGUGCAACGACAUGAGGGAGGAGUCCUCCAGGGUGUACGAGAACGUCGGUCUGAUGCAGCAGCAGAAGAGCUUCAGAUGAGAUUGACCUUCCACCUCCUCGUUCCAGAACCAAGACACCCAGACUCGGCCACACAAGCGGAUCAACAAGUUUCUUGAGGAGCCUCCUGAUUUUCCUUUUCCUCUGUGCUUCUCCUGCUCUUCAUUGCUCCUCCUACUCCUACCCCAACUGCCUGCACUUCCUGGAGUCCCUCAUCACCUUCUGCGCCUCUUCCUCUGACAGGGCGGACCUUCACCUCCCACCACUAGGCACCUCCUACCCCUGACUCGAGCUGCUGGGCCAAAUCUGAACCACUGUGACUGUCAGGCCAGAAGUAGUACCGACAGUGACCAGCAGGUGGCGAGCAGCUCCCUGACACUUGCGAUCCUUCUUCGAGUGAACUGAAGACAAGUUUUGGACGUCGACAGAGACGUUGGAAGCCUGAUGAAGUGUUGGACCGAAACCGCAUUUUUGUGGACAAAACUGUUGAAUUAGUUUUUAACGUUUUUUUUUUUUUUUUUUCAUUUUGGCACCAGAACGGCCUUGACGUGCAACGUUUGUUCAUGUCCUCCGAGACGCUGCUGCCGCCUUCGUAAAGCAUCACCUCCUGUCCCGCCUAAUAUUCAGCUGCCAAAUCUUUCAUUCUGUUUUGGUAAAAGUUGCCUUUAUUCCAGGGAGUCACCACAUUACUGCCUCACGAAUGUUUGUACGAUGCGAAAUGCCACUCGUCAUGUCCACCAUCAGAAGAAACUUUUUAAACUACCAUUACUGAUUAGUUGUUUGCACGACCAAGAACUCGUCUGUUCGUGUCCCCAUGUUCUGGUGGAAAAUCUGUCCAAACAAAUCUCCAGUUUCUUUGUCUAAAGCUAGCACUGCGUCUGCACAAACGGUUGAUGUAUGUCAAUCCAACGGAGAAACUGGACGAACUGCGAGAACUUGGCAACCUCACUUCUGUUUAACACUGUCCUCAUUGGCAUGAACCACAUGUAAUGUGUUAACGCUGCCCAGAAACGCUCCCGUGGCCUUCUAUGUUGAAAAGCUUACUUUUUGCCAAAUGGCUGGUGACGAUGAAGCCUUGCCUGAGCAGUACUAACUACAGCGCUGUUUUUGUUACUCGCUGUAAAAGGAUUGUUACUGGACGGAGCUUCCCAGCGCCUUCACAUCUGGUUCCCAUGGUGGACUGUCAGUUGGGUGUGUUGCGGAGGAUUCUUUGGUCGGAUGGCUGCAUAACUCUUUUUUUUUUUUUCUUUUCUUUUUACUCCAAUGCAUUCCCUGGGACACAAGAGGCCAUACCCCCUGUGCUGUGCUCAUGCGAUCACGCCACCAGACGCGCCAAUGUGAAUUCUUGUCUCCCGAACGAACAAACUAUUUUGCUUACAGAACACGUGGUCGGAGGAUGUACCUGAACAUAUCUGCCAGUAAAGCUUUCUGACCGCUUUGUGUCGGCACCGCAGACUGGAAACCCUCAAGAAGCUUCCGAGCUUCAUCGUACGCCGCAGUUAGCCUUUCUCCUCAGCGACAAAUAAACGCAGCUCCUGCUUCAA